AUGGAACAAUGGUCAGAUUACGUCCGUACUCCUCCAAGCUUUGGCAGCACCCCUAAUUCAUUAAUAAACUCUUCAAAUACAGCAGUAACUUCACACGUUUUAGAUUCUGAAUUAUCUCAUUUAAUUUACUCUCUAGGAAUGCAGGAUACUUCGCAACUAGCAGGAAUGGUUGGCCCAAGUUUACCAACUCAUGGUGAUAAUUUCAAUGAAAACAGAUCAAUUUUAGUAACAAAUGUUCAUCCAGAAACAACUGAAGAAGAAAUAAGGACCAUGUUUUCAAGUGGAGAUUCAUUAUAUAACAUUGACAUGAGUAAUAUUAAAGAAGGAAAAGUUACUCUCGAUUAUUACGACUUAAGGCAGAGUUUUCGAGCUAAAAAACUAUUAAACGGAAAUGUAUUACACGGGAAUGUCAUUACAGUCGACUAUGCUCCAAUUGUUGUCGAUAAAUCCGACCCAAAAACACAGAAUCAUGGAACAAUUGCGAUUUUCCAUGUUAAAACAGCAACAGAUGACCAUAUUCGUGCUAUUUUCCAAACUUACGGCGAAAUCAGAGAAAUCAGAUCAACACCAACAAAUCCAAACCAGAAAUUUGUUGAAUUCUUCGAUAUACGAUCAGCAGCAAAGGCUUUGAAGGCUAAAAAUGGAAAAUACAUCAUGGGAACCCGUGUUAAAAUUGAAUUUAGCGCUCCUCUAAAAGUAAGGAAAGAUCAUCGUCCUCCAAUACCAAGACCUCAAUAA